AUGGCAGGGUGGGCAGGAGCUGUGGGGGCCCGGCGGUACCAGGAGGAUGAGGAAACGACCCAUGGCAGCAUCUUUGUCUACACCAACAGCAACAACACGCGGGGCCCAUUUGAGGGCCCCAACUACCACAUUGCGCCACGCUGGGUAUACAACCUCACCUCGUUGUGGAUGCUGCUGGUGGUCGUGGCCUCAGUGGCUACCAAUGGGCUUGUGCUGGUGGCCACGGCCAAGUUCCGCAAACUACGGCACCCACUCAACUGGAUCCUGGUGAACUUGGCUGUGGCUGACCUGGGCGAAACAGUGAUUGCCAGCACCAUCAGCGUCAUCAACCAGCUGGCUGGCUACUUCGUGCUGGGCCACCCGCUCUGUGUUAUCGAGGGCUAUACCGUCUCCGUCUGCGGCAUCACAGGGCUGUGGUCGCUGGCUGUGAUCUCCUGGGAGCGCUGGUUUGUGGUCUGCAAGCCCUUUGGCAACGUCAAGUUCGACGGGCGCCUGGCACUGGGUGGCAUUGUCUUCUCCUGGCUCUGGGCAGCCUUCUGGACUGCACCCCCUCUCUUCGGCUGGAGCAGAUAUUGGCCACACGGGCUAAAGACAUCAUGUGGGCCAGACGUCUUCAGUGGCAACACAGACCCCAAUGUCCAGUCCUACAUGAUGGUGCUUAUGGCCACCUGCUGUAUCCUGCCCCUCAUCAUCAUCAUCUUCUGCUACCUGCAAGUCUGGCUGGCCAUCCGUGCGGUGGCAGUGCAGCAGAAGGAGUCAGAGACAACACAGAAAGCAGAGCGCGAGGUGUCACGCAUGGUUCUGGUGAUGAUCGUGGCCUUCUGUGUCUGCUGGGGGCCCUAUGCGUCCUUCGCCUGCUUCGCAGCUGCCCAUCCUGGCUAUGCCUUCCACCCCCUUGUGGCCUCGCUGCCUGCCUACUUCGCUAAGAGCGCCACCAUCUAUAACCCCAUCAUCUAUGUCUUCAUGAACCGCCAGUUCCGAAACUGCAUCCUGCAGCUGUUCGGGCGCAAGGUGGAUGAUGGAUCCGAGACCUCCACGGCUGCGUCUCGCACUGAUGUCUCCUCCGUCUCCAGCGCCUCUGUUGCCCCUGCCUGA